AUGGGCGGCCCUGCUGGAUCCUUGGUCCGAGUCGUGGUCCCGUUGCUCUCUGCUGUUUCCGGGCUGUUCGGGGGAGGUCUGCUUCACCAGGCCCUCACUCGUGGCACCCACGUUGCCGAGAUCAUUGAAACCGCUGCUCGUGCUGCUGGGGAUCAUUGCAAGGACGCUCUUUCCGAUCAGUGCUGUGAGCCAGUAGAGGGGGAACGCAAGGGCAAGGGAGGAGGCCACAGGGCUAAAGCGGGCGCCUGUUGGGACUUCCCUUGGGUCUUGCUCGUGGUGAUCCUUCAGUGGCCCCUGUCCGUGGCUGCUUUUGUUACUCACUCUCGCUGCUGCCGAAGGGGAGCUCCAAGGUUCGUCGAGGAAUCAGAGGAUCCUGUUGACAGUCCGGUUCAGCGCGCCUUGGCACAGCAACAGCUGGCAACGAUCAGGCUGGUCCUUCGCCAAGUUGCCGGGGAAAGCUAUGUGGUGGUGACCCCCGAUGGGGACGUCUUCGUCGAGGACCUCACGCUAUCCAACGACGAUCUGGCCGGCCUGCGCCUAGGUGGGCCCAAUGGCGGGAAUCCCGUGGGCAUUCGUGGUGCUAGCAUCUACGCUCUGCCCGCUUUCACUGCAGCUCGGCUGGCGACUUUCGAGAGAGAAGCCGAUGCCUUGAUGGCGCAGGAGGCGGCUGUCCCCGCCGGCCUACCGCCGGUUGUUCAGCCCGCCGCUGCUGCGGCAGCGGCUUUGGCCCCGGCGUCUGGGGGGAACUUUGACGCGGAGACCCUCUAUUGGAUGGCGGCGGAGGCGGUCGAGGAUGUGAAGUACGGCGAUGCAGUGGCCAAUGUCGGGGCCUUUGCUUCCGAGGGGGCCAAGGCCGUCCAUACUCUGCCGAGCGGAGCUUCUUUGUUUGUGCAGUGCAUCCGGGGCCGGGGCCGGGAGUCUUUCCUUGGGCGUCCGGCGGAAUGGGACAACAGGGUCUUGCCAGUCUCCAUAGACGGACGGGGGAUGCCGGAGUGUUCCCUCAAGGAAUGUGCCCAGCGAUCCGCUGAGGCGCCGGUGACUUGGAAGUUAUCGGGGCCUCGUACUGCAAAGUGGUGCUUAGCUUACCUGGCUGUCGAGGCUUUAGGGCUUGAAGGCCACCAUGAACGAUUUCGACAGCUUGUGAAGGUUGAUGCGGGUAACUGGGGCGUGCAGGAGCAUUUUCAGCUAUCGAUGGUUCUCAAACAUGCUUUGCAGACUGAUCAGUUCGAUGGGUGCAACAACCUCUGCAUAGAAGUGAUUUUCAGGCGCCUCCAGACAAUUGAAUAUGCUUAUGCAGACAAGGCACGAGAGCAGGAGGCAAAGUCCGUGGGCGGUCGCCUCAGCCUAGAGGAGCAACAGACCUUCGGCGGACUCACGAGGCAGGCGGGGACUUUGAUGGUGUGCCCUGACUUGUUGGACCACGUUCGAGCAGAGGUUGAGCGGGAUGCGAAUCUCGCUAAGAAUCUUAGAAAAGCGAAGGAGGAGCGAGAAAUCGCCCGACGAGCCCUCCCGAAGAAGGGGGCCAAGGGCGACAAUGACUCGUGA